CGGGGCUUGUCGCAGUGCCGCUGGUGGCCAUGCUGUUUUCCUCACACACACACACACACACACACAGUGUAGAACUGGUACAGGAAAAAUAGUAAAAUAAAACAGAACACAUGUAAAUAUUAAUGUAUAUAUAUAUAUAAUAAAGCAGAGUGCUGAGGGUCAGAGCGAUGAGGCCGGAGCUGCUGGUUCUCCCGCCGGAGCACUCGGACCUGGGUACGCAGCGGUGCCGUCUGGGCCCGGCGGUGAUGGAGGAUCUCGGUCUGCGUCUCGGCUCUCCAGUGCUGGUGACGCUGCCAGGCGGAGCUUCCUGUCUCUGUACAGCAUGGCCACGCCCCGACCUGGCCGACGCCUACCUGCAGCUGGACCCCACCUGCUCCUCGCCGAACCUCCACCCGGACGCGCUCCGUGGACUCCGGCUCGGGGCGGAGCGGCUCACGGCUCUGAGAUGUCCACGUGUGAAGCGUCUGCGUGUGACUGCGCUGGUGCAGGGUGGAGAGUAUAGACGCAGGACGUCUGCGCAGGCGGUCGGGGCGCUGGCUGCGGAGCUGCUCACCGGGCUGUACGUCCACGAGAAGCACCUGGUGAACAUCUCGCAUGCAGGAACACCCAUUCACUUCCUGCAGGUGGACAGCGUGAACUCGGGUUCUCAUAAAGCGGGACGCGUGACGUCUGAGACUCGCCUGGACGUGGUGUCGGUUCGGACGGUGGAAACACACCGGCGCUGGGCGCGUGAGGGUUCUGCUGUGCCUUUGGGAGGACUGGAGGAGGUUCGAGCCUCGCUGAAGGAGAUGCUGACGCUCCCGCUGCGUUAUCCAAUCAGCACGCAGCGUGUGGGCGUAGCGGUGGGGCGUGGCGCAUUGCUGGUGGGACCUCCGGGCGUGGGGAAGACGCAGCUGGUACGCAGCGUGGCGCGGGACGUGCAGGCAGCACUGGUGACGGUGAGCGGGCCGGUGGUGGUGGGGUCGCGCCCCGGAGAGAGCGAGGAGAACCUGCGUGCUGCGUUUACUCGAGCCUCAGAAGCAGCCCGAGAGGAACCGUGUGUGCUCUUCAUCGAUGAGAUCGACGCGCUGUGUCCGAAACGGAGCUCCAGCACCGGAACCCCGGAGAACCGUCUCGUCGCUCAGCUCCUCACCCUCAUGGACGGAAUCGGCAGCGAUGAAGGGUUCGUCAUCAUCGGAGCCACCAACCGGCCAGACGCCCUCGACCCGGCGCUCAGGAGACCCGGUCGCUUCGACAGAGAGAUAGUUGUAGGUGUUCCCACUCUGCAGCAGCGGUACCGGGUUCUGCAGUGUGUGUGUCGCAGUGUUCCGCUCUCCGCGUCUGUAGAUCUCAACUCCAUCGCCGAGAUGACGAGCGGAUACGUGGGGGCGGAUCUGAGCGCGCUCAGUAGAGAGGCAACGCUGCAGGCUAUACUACACUCUACACAGGGCGGAGCUGGAAAUUCCGGCCAAUCAGGGGGUGAGGAUGGUAAAGUGAGAAUGGAGCAUUUUGUGAAAGCGUUGCGAUUGGUCCCUCCCUCCUGCCUGAGGAGCAGUGUGGGCGUGGCUGAGUUUACACCUGUGAGCUGGGAGCGAAUCGGAGGACUGGAGGAAGUAAAGCUCAAACUCAGACAGAGUGUGGAGUGGCCGAUGAAGUUCCCCGAGGCGUUUGUGCGUAUGGGUGUGUGUCGUGCGCGGGGUGUGUUACUGUACGGGCCGCCGGGCUGCGCUAAGACCACGCUGGUGAAAGCAGCAGCAUCUUCAUCACACUGCAGCUUCCUCACACUGAGCGGGGCGGAGCUGUACUCUCCCUACGUAGGGGACUCGGAGAGGACACUCGCUAAGCUGUUCCGUCAGGCGCGAGCGUGUUCUCCCUCCGUUGUGUUUCUGGAUGAGAUUGACAGCAUGGUGGGUUGUCGUGACGACGGAGGCGGUUCCUGUGGUAGCAGUGUACAGGCUCAGGUGUUGUCUGUCCUGCUGAAUGAGUUAGACGGUGUGGGCUUUAAAACCGCUGAGAGACGAGGGACAGCACCGAGUAAGAGGGACAAAGAGAGAGCACACAGAGACCAACGGAUGCAGCUACAGGAAGCAUGUAAUCAGGAUGUGAUGAUUGUUGCUGCCACUAACAGGCCGGACAUGUUGGACAGCGCUCUGCUCCGCCCUGGACGAUUCGACCACAUCAUAUACGUCCCCCCACCUGACCUACAGGCUCGUCUGGCCAUCCUGCAGCUCCACACAGAGAAAAUGCCGCUGAACUCGGAUGUGUGUUUGGAGGAUCUGGCAACCCAGACAAACCUGUUCUCCGGAGCCGACCUGGAAAACCUCUGCAAGGAGGCGGCUCUGUUAGCCCUUCAUGAAGAAGGUAUGAGUGUGUCAGCAGUGCAGCAGAAACACUUCCAGAAGGUUCUACAGAAUUUCCAACCAUCUAUCAGCUCACAGCAGCUCCUGCAGUACCAACAGCUCUUCAAACACAGCUACCGUUAGCAUGCCGCGGUUAGCAUGCCGCGGUUAGCAUGCCGCGGUUAGCCUGCUGUGGUUAAACAGUGUGUUUUUUGGUAUGCUAACACUGAGAACAUUGUUUAGUGUUUUGUGAGAGCCGUUUAAACUCCUGAUUAAAAACUUUUCACUGAA